CCGUCGUCCAAUCUGUGGUCGUGGAAUGAACGAAGUGAUUCCAAUUCAUUCGCGGGGGGGAUUUGAGAAACGCCAUUCUCAGAUUCGACGCUCGUCGCCCACGAGCAUCGAGGUUCCCGACUGUUCUUGUGAGAUACCGUACAGCGAAAAGAAGAAGCUGCUCGGAUCGUGCAGACAAAGAUUUUCGUAAGGAGGGUGGAAAUACGGUCGAAAAGACGCAGUGGUAAUGGCAUUAAAAAUGAGGGCGAAGUACAAUUGGUUAAACUCGGGAGCAUUUAUGGGCCCAAUUCGGGAGCCAGCGUAGGGACAGCGUGCAUAAACGAGAUUUGAGGUUCAGCGUUUGUCUCUACGAUACGACUAAUGGAAACGUGGAGGCCUGCGCGAGGCGGGGACGGGACGUGCUCGUAGAGCAGACUUUUCUCCCGAUACCCAGCAGGACAUGCUCUGCUCUGCCUGUCUCCGCAAUUGGAAUCCACCUGGAACUCAAUGGGCUCUGCCAUCGCAGAUUGCUUUUCCGUCUCAAAUCCACAAUUGGUGACUGAAACCGACUGAGAACUGGAGCAGAGCGGGGAGCUUUUCCCCACUGGGCCUCAUCUUGCUCGAAAUCUGCGAGCCCAGCCUGCUGCGCCGAGCGGAAUCCACCUCGAGCUCAGCUGCUCUGGCAUCGCGGUCUGUGACUUACUCGACAUUCACGGUCGUAAUUGAGAUCGACUCACGAGCCUCCGUCUGGCAGCGGCGAAGGUUCCUGCGACCCCGGCCUCCGCCUCAGGCCCAGAUUAGUCAUAAUGGCAAUGGAAUCCACCUUCGCGAGAGCGUGGUGGAUUCCGGCAUCUUACUUUACUCGAGCGCACUGUUGUGAACGAACCGGGGAUUGCUCGCGGCCUGGCCAUGGGCUGGUUUCUCCCCGCCGGGGUGACUAGGGUGGUGGCAGUUCAACAGACUGCACUAUUGGCUCUGACUACCGGUGGAGAUAAAUGAGCAUGUGGUGAUGACCAUCCCGACGUUGUUCGUUUCGUUGCUGGCUGCUUGAAUCUGCUCUGAAAUUUGAUUAUUUGUUUCUCUCUCUAUCCGCCCUCCCACUUACUGCUGCCGGCUGCUGGCUGCUGGCUGCUUGCAACCACAUGGCCAGCCUCGAGACAAGACGGUGUCAGGACGACCCGGGGGCCAUGGUAUGGCCCAGUCAGGACCGCUUACUUCUUUCUUGACUCGAUGUCAUACACUUUCGCAUCUCUCCUCUCCCUUCUGUUAUACUGCUGCCGCUACAAGAGAACCUUGAGCAUGGGAUCUACUAAUGCGCCCAGCCCAGCGUCGCCAGAGAGCUCGGCUCAUAAAAAUAAGCAUGGCCUUUGUCUAGCACCACCAUCACCACUGUGGAUAAGAACGGACCCAAUGCGUGGAGUCAAUUUCUAUGCCGAAGAUCCCUGCUGCAAAGCUGAGAAGGACAUGUGCUGCAGAAGCUACCUAGUGAGAAGGUGCACAGAAUCAAUGUUGCCAUGCCUUGCCACCAUAGCAUGAGCACCAGUUGCAGAUACUACUACUGUACCUCUACACAUGAAGGCAGUACUUGAUCUUCUGAUAUCGAUCGCACCAGAGUAACUGUUGCAGGCUUUCGCCGUGGUGCUGCACCCUUUUUCGGUCCAUAUAAUAGACGCAAAUAGUUGUUGGCGAGUGGCCUAGCCCCGUGUUACCCGUUUGGUUGCAUCUCUGUGCUACUUACUACUAGUAGAUGGUAUCUUCCCAUCCCUUCUUGCUAUACUGCUCUGUUGUCUGUGCCUGCCUGAGUAGUAGUUGUUGGCAAGGUGGAUUAUCGUCCAACGACGAGGUUUACAUCAAUGGCAUCUAAUACUCACCCUGGGAUGAACAAUAGUUCCGGAUCCAAAGGUGUACCCAUGUCUGUCAGAAAUCUAGCGCAAACAGAUACACAUGAAGUGCCUUCAUGAGGCUAACUCCUCCAGUACCACAGUACUAGCAACUAUAGCACACGCGAGUGUGAUGAAUGAAACUGCAGUAUUGGACUCCCGUCGGUCUCUCAUUCUCUCUCUUACAAUACCGCAGAGGCUGACGAUCUGGGCCGAUGAACUCUUCAUUCUCCAGAGGCAGCGGAGGUGGGCACAUGGGGGAGAAAGACAUAAGUACUGGCAUCCUUUCCAGAUCGACACUAAUCUGAACAUCUGCGUCAAAAAGGCUCUGUAGAACAAAGAGUCUUUUUCGUAAUACCUGGCUGGGCACUUUUGGACGUAGGUCUUCCAGAUGUUUGUUCUAAGAGGUCCCAUUGUAUCCAUCUCGAAUACUGCAUCACUCCUCGAAUGCAAUCUAUUCACGCCAAACGCUUUACGAUGUAAAGCUGCUGUUCCAUCUGCCGAUCUAGUGCACGUAAUCAUUCCAGUCUCCAUCCAAACACGGGGGAGACUACAACUGUCUAUAAGGUGAUGCCAAAUGAUGCAGUCCUUCCUAAACUCUUAUCUGAUCGGAAUGAAGAUCGCUUGCAUCUAUCAUGCGAGUAUCAUUCUGGGCUUUAUUGCAUCUGUGCCUUUCUCUCGGGCCUACACAAUUUGUCUAUAGCUUUCAGUGGAAUUUCCAGCAUCAAGGAUUGUGUGCAUCAUGCGGACUACGAGUCGAGGUUUUGGACUGUGUGUGGACUCUUUCUUCAUAGCUUACAUGUGGGCCAACACAUGUUGAUAAUGUUCCCACACUGCUGCUGGUGGGAUGAAGAAGAUGGUGUGUUUCAUCAUAGUGUCUCCAGCUUUAAUGAACUCCCUAAAUGCUUGCCUCCCGAGUCGCGCGUGGGGCAAAAGUUUUUACGUUUCCGACGUUGUUCAUUGACGGGAAUGAAGGAAUACUUGAGCUGGAUUUCACAUAUCUGGAGGGUCAAAGUCAUAUGUGAAUAUUAUCUAUGUUUCGCUCCUCUGAAUCUGCAUAUAUUUUUGCUUGUGAGCCAGAAAGUGUUGCCGACUUUUCAGUGA